AUGACGACCGCUCAUCGCCCGACGUUUGAUCCUGCCAGAGGAAAAGAAGCUCAACGCGGCCCGGCAUAUCACCAGAGACUUCUUCCAGCGCACACGCUCCUGAAAGUCCGGCAACCAGGUCAAGGUGGAGCAGCCGAUCCGGAACAGCGAGAUCUACGAGCCGAAUUACUAGCUGCAGAGGCAGCGCAUUUUGCAAAGAAAGGAAAGAGCACAGAACCUUCCAGUGAUGCUCCGAACCCUUUGAAACGCGAGCUUGAAGAUUCGCCAGACGAUGGUGGGAAGGACGGGGAUGUCGACGAAGACCCGGAGGCAAAACGAAGACGAAUUCUUGAAGAAUCCCGAGACAUCGACGCAGAUUCGGAUGGUGGUGACAGCGAUAGCAGCAGUGAAGACGAGAGCGACGAAGAAGAUGAGACGGCAGAGUUGAUGCGCGAGCUGGAAAAGAUUAAACGAGAGCGGGCAGAGCAGAAAGCCCGAGAAGAAGCUGAACAAGCCAAACAAGCGCAAGAGGAGCGUGAAGAGAGCAUUGCGCUCGGAAAUCCUCUACUGAAUCCAAAGGCGUUCAAUGUCAAACGAAGAUGGGACGACGAUGUGGUGUUCAAGAACCAAGCUCGAGGUACGGAACAAAAGGGCAACAAGGAAUUCGUCAACGAUUUAUUGCGAUCAGAUUUUCACAAGAAGUUCAUGGUACUAAGCCAGACUGUAGUCAAAGUACGUUCGAUAAGCGAAGCUGGUCAAACCGACCUUUUCAACCGACAGAGGAAGCCAUCCAUGGUGGUCCAACGCUGUGCUGGGAAGACUCUCCAAUAUGAUCGUGAAGGGGAUGGGAGGCUGCAAUCCGUCUCCCCAAUUCCCGACGCUGGGUAG